GUGUGAUAACUCAACAACCAUUAAUAAUUCUUAGGGUACACACAACCUUAAAUUAAUCGACCAUGUCUUUAACCUCACCAGACCAAAAUCCUUUCAACUAUAUUCUCGUGUCUCCUGCCGAGCUUCAUACCGCUUUGUCUGGGCCUCCUUCGUCUCGCCGCAUCGUGCCUGUUGCGGCUGGUCGGUUGAAUGCUCUAACUUCAUACCGUGACAGUCACAUCCCAAGCUCUGUUUUCUUUAAUAUGGACAAAGUCAGGGACACCACUUCGCCUUACCCUCAAAUGCUACCGACACCGAACCAUUUCGCCAGUUGCAUGUCCUUGCUUGGUAUUCAACCAGAUGAUAUUGUGGUUAUAUACGAUACACCAGAUAUCGGCCUUUACUUUUCUCCUCGGGUAGCAUGGAUGUUCAAUUACUUCGGCCACACAGACGUGCAUGUCCUGAAUAACUUUCCUCGUUACAUUGACCAAGGAUUUCCAGUCUCAAAAGGAGACUUAUCAACGAUUUCCAAUUCGCCGAACCCUUCUUCAAUCGGUAAUACUAAUUACAGUACUGCAAGCACCAUCAAUUUCGAAGAAUUACGCGAUUCACUAGCCACCAAUAAGGACCAGCAGAAAUUCCAGAUUCUUGAUGCUCGUAUUCCUAGACUGUUUUUCGGCACUGGGAUAGAUUCCAACACUUCAAGGCCAUUGGGUCAUAUGCCGGGGGCUAUUAAUAUCCCACUUGCUUCAAUACUGACCUCGGAUAAGGCCAUUCUUCCUACCGUACAGCUGAAUCAAGUUUUUGAAGAGGCUGGUGUGAAAGAAGACUUGCCGGUUGUCUUGACAUGUAACUCGGGCGUUACCGCUGCUGCGCUGGGAUUGGCGCUGCAGAUUUGUGGAUAUAAUAUGGAUAAAAGGCUGUAUGAUGGAAGCUGGUCGGAAUGGGCAGAUCGAGCAACAACGGACGGGUUGAUUGUUCACGGUUCAUAGUAGAAGAGAGUUGAUCAUAGACUUAUUUCCCAUAAAUUAGAAUACCGAUGAAAAGGGUUGGCAGA